GACAGAGACAGAGAGAGAGAGAAGGAGAAAAAAGCAUUUUGAGUUCCAAUAACUACACUUUGUAUAACAGGCUACGUCCUGCGUUUCACAUCAGCACGUGUAGAAACUUCGUAUUUAUUUUUGUGAGUCGUGAAUUACAUUGCGCAUCACAGCACGACCCACCUUUUCCCGUGAGGAAUUUAACGAGGUCGUGACGUUAGGCACCGCCCUAAAGAACCAGAGCUUUACAGUUGUCAUUUCGGAUUGGAGCAUCAUUACUCUGUGAGAUCAAGUCAACUAAAUUAAAUUGACGAAGACAAAACCUGCACCUGUCUCUCUGCCUGACUGAAAAAAAACAUCAAAAUGGCACACCAAUUCCCCACCCUUUCCACUGACCAGAAGAAGGAGCUGCAUGAAAUUGCUCUGCGCAUUGUGUCCCCUGGGAAAGGAAUUUUGGCUGCAGAUGAGUCUGUGGGGAGCAUGGGGAAGCGUCUUAACCAGAUCGGCGUUGAGAACACAGAGGAGAACCGGCGUCAGUUCCGCCAGGUCCUCUUUACUGCUGACGACCGCAUCGACAGCUGCAUCGGCGGUGUCAUCUUCUUCCAUGAGACACUGUACCAGACCUCGGAUGAUGGUACACCCUUUAUCAAGAUGAUCAAGGACAAGGGCAUCACUGUGGGAAUCAAGGUUGACAAGGGUGUUGUGCCUUUGGCCGGAACUAAUGGGGAGACCACAUCACAAGGACUUGAUGGCCUAUCAGAGCGUUGUGCUCAGUACAAAAAGGAUGGGGCUGACUUUGCCAAGUGGCGUUGUGUGCUAAAGAUCAGUGACAGCAACCCUUCCAACCUCGCCAUCACAGAGAAUGCUAAUGUCCUUGCCCGUUACGCUAGCAUUUGUCAGCAGCAUGGUAUUGUACCAAUUGUUGAGCCUGAAAUCAUGCCAGAUGGAGACCAUGACCUGAAAUGCUCUCAGUUUGUCACAGAAAAGGUGCUGACGGCAGUGUACAAGGCCAUGUUUGAACACCAUGUGUAUCUGGAAGGCACACUGCUGAAGCCCAACAUGGUGACUUCUGGCAAUAGCUGCAUCACCAAAUGUAGCCCCGAUGAGGUCGCCAUGGCCACAGUGACAGCCUUGCGCCGCACUGUUCCCCCUGCUGUCACAGGGAUUACCUUUCUGUCUGGUGGACAAAGUGAGGAAGAGGCCUCUGUCAACCUGAAUGCCAUCAAUAACUGCCCUCUAGUUAAGCCCUGGGCCCUCACCUUCUCCUUCGGUCGAGCCCUGCAAGCCUCAGCCCUGAAGACCUGGUGCGGUCUCAAGGACAACGAGAGUGCCGCCACAGAGGAGUUCAUCAAGAGAGCAGAGGCAUGCUCUUUUUCUUCAGUUUGGUUCCUCUGAAACCUUUACAGUCUUUCUCUACACAGCAAUGGUUCACUUGUUUACCCCUUUAAACACAGUCCCUCUCGACCACCUCACCCCUGCCCCCUCUCCCUGUCUUUUCUCCUCCACCAGGUCAACAGCCUGGCUUCCCAGGGGAAAUACAGCGUCGGAGGUGACAAUACUGGAGGGGCUGCCCAGUCCAACUACAUCUCUCACCAUGCAUACUGAGCCUGCCAGUGACCCCCCCACGAUCCAACCCCAUCUCUCACCAUGCAUACUGAGCCUGCCAGUGAAACCCCCAAUCCAAUUAUUUGACCAAUAGCAAACUUCACUGCCGUGAUCGUGGCAAUGGGCUUGCGGCACAGACUCAUCUGGCCUCUGGUAUCUUUAGGAGAAAUUUCAUAGACAGAAUGUUUGUGUUAGAGUUGUGUUGAGCGGGUUUGACUCUGUUAGCACUGAUUGAUUACUUCUAAAGAUACUUUCCUGAAGUAGUCAGGAUACAGAAAAGGGACACAGGACUUUCGAUGACAACAAAGAAAUUAGGAUUUCCAAUGACACCAUAAUGGAAAAUGGAAAAGAUUAAAAUGAAUCAAUGUUAUUGGACAUGACAUUAUAAUGGUACAUUAUCAUCCCUCUCAGCAGUAAUACAACUAAAGAAAUCAGCGGUGAGCAGUUCUAGAUUUCUGCUAUCCUUAAAUGUGCCAUAUCCUCUAUCUCUAUAUUAAUAGCUUCAGGUCCUGGUUGUAAGUUUGGCACAGGCUUCAUGUUAACUAUAAAUUUGUUGUGAUGCUGGUUUUAUUUUGGUUGUUGUCUGUGUAUUAUACAAUAUAGUGCAAAUGUUCAAGUAAUAAAAUGGUAGAAUCUAAAAGGUUUAUUUUA